AUGGUGAUGAACACUCCGGACGGACCUUUGAAUACAAAAAUGUCGGGCCCGGGCCAAAUUGAGGUUGAUUUUGCUAAAUGCGAUUGCUGCGGUCUGACAGAGGAAUGCACUUUAUCUUACAUAGAAACAAUUCGGGCUCGCUAUCAGGGAAAAUGGAUUUGCGGGCUUUGUGCUGAAGCUGUGAAGGAUGAGAUUUUCCGAUGUCGAAAAUUGAUAAGCCCAGAUGAGGCCAUGGCCCGACAUUUCAACUUCUGCAACAAAUUCAGGUCGUCAUGCCCGCCGGAGGACCCGACGGCCCAUUUGAUUUCAGCCAUGAGACAGAUUUUGAGGAAGAGUUUGGAGAGUCCCAAGUCUUUAAGGUCUAUGCCGAGUAGUCCGACGAAGAACAGAGGGGAUGGUAACACGAAGGGCAUCGGGUUGACUCGGUCGGAGAGUUGUAUUCCGAGUUUGUCCCUGGUUGACUCGCCGGCGUUGUGCGGUAUGGGAGAAGGUUGUGAGUUGUGA